AUGGAUAAUUUUACUUGUGAUGUGAAAUCUGUAGUUUGUGGUGGAUUGAAUCUCAAUUUUAUGGAUCAGGUGUUGGAUAUAGUUGGGCCCUUGCCUGAGAGUUUCUCAAAAAUUUCCAAAAAUCUGGAAGAAGCCUGUAAAAAAAUCGACAAACUAAUGAUAUCCAUGAAGUUUGAGCCUUCAGUUACUGAUACAGCUAGUAAAAUGGAUCCAUUAAACAAGAUUGGAAAUGCUACCAUAGAUCGCGAAAUGUCUGAAAUCAAAAGUGAGUGCUUUAAGUUAAUUUCCAAAUGGGAGAUGAUUCAAAGUGAGAUUGAAGAAAUUAGUUCAAACUUUAAGGAAUUUUCUCUUAAAAUGGAAAAUUCAGCAAAGGAAAUUAAAAGUGAAAAGAAAGAGGUGGUAGAUGACGCAAGGGAGCCAUUGCCUACAGAUUUGAGCGGGAAAAGACUCACUGCCAACAAGUUGAUUGAGGUGCUCAGAUACUUCCCUGUACCUAUGACAGUUAAGAGGAGAGAGGAAAUACAGUUGAGGAAGGAUUUAAUUAUGGCACAUUACCAGUAUAACUCAGCUCUUAGGUUCCUCGAGGAACUGAAUCAACUGUCACCUGAUGUUGAGGCUGAUGAAUUAGUCAGAAGUGCAACUAUUACUGUAGAUAAUACUAACAAAAUACUACUCAGCAAGUGUACUGAGUUAGUGGAGUUUAACAAGUUUUACCGUGAGUUUAUUGACCGAUACUUGAUCAUGCUGUAUGAGCCAAAAUCAGAUUCGGAAGACUAUGAUAUGGAGUUUGAGGCAAUGAUAACAAAGGCGAUGGAUACUGAAUUAGGUGUUGGAAUUGAAAUUAAACAUGAAGUGGAAAUGUUUAAAAAGUGGACAUCUGAGAUAAAAUCUGCUAUUAAGAUUAUUUCAGGGAAACAUAAUGACGACACUAAAAAUACAAAAUAA